GUAUUAACAUUUUUGGUGGUCGCGAUCUCAGGAAGUUUUCUUGGGCAUAAGGGUAGGCCAACUUGCUAACCAGUGUGGAUCGAUCUACCUGAGCUACGUAAAGAGGAAAGGGGUGAGUGAAUAGCCUACCUAAAAGGGGUCAUCGGCAUGAGUCUCAACGGAGAACCACUGAACAAGCGAAUCAAGAGCGAAGGGGCCCCUGCGCAGCAGGCGGAUCUCGGCUCCGUAUUGCCGUGGGUGGAAAAGUACCGUCCACGGACCCUGGCCGAGGUGCAAUCCCAAGAUAGUGUAAUCAGUGCCCUACGAAAUUGCUUACAGGAGGGUGCCAUGGUACCCCAUUUUCUAUUCUACGGACCACCAGGGACGGGUAAGACAACUGCGAUUCUCGCCGUCGCAUACGAGCUUUUUGGACCUGAUUACAUAUCCAGUCGUGUGCGGGAGCUAAACGCUUCGGACGAUCGAGGUAUAAGCGUGGUUCGUGAGAAGAUCAAGGUUUUCGCGCAUUCAUCUGUGGGCAACGUCUCUCGCAAAACUGUUCAGUCGGACGGUAAGAUCUAUCCUGUACCUUCUUUCAAACUCAUCAUUUUAGACGAAGCCGAUGCGCUUUUGCCAGACGCGCAAGCCGCCUUGCGUCGAAUGAUGGAGGACUACAGCGACGUGACCCGCUUUUGUAUUUUGUGCAAUUACGUCAGCCGGAUCAUCGACCCCAUCACGAGUCGCUGCGCAAAGUUCCGUUUCCGUCCGUUAGUAAAGGAAACCCUCUACGCCCGCAUCCGGCAGGUCGCUGCGGCGGAGGGCAUCACGCUCUCGGACUUCUCGCUCGAGGCCCUUGACAAGGUGAGCGACGGGGAUAUGCGAACUGCGAUUAUGUACCUACAGUCCGCCCACAAAGCGCACGGCCUAGAUCUGACAAAGGAGGACUUUGUGUCUAGCUCAGGUGCCUUGCCACCGGAGGUCUUCAAGCCAUACGUCGAGGCCCUCGUCCGCAAGGAUAGGGAUGGUAUGGUACAUCAAACCAGUGGCGUCGUUUCACAGGGCUUCGCUGCUGCGCAGGUACUAGCUCAGCUCCAUCGCUAUCUUGUCGGCCGAGAAUGCCCCUUCAAUUCGAUACAGCGCGGGAAUAUAAUGUUGAAGCUUUGUGAGGUUGAAAAGCGCCUUUCAGAUGGCUGCAAUGACUACUUGCAGCUUUUAGAUAUCGGUAAUGCCAUAUGCACUUUAUAG